ACCAAAAUUGUCUAUCUUUGCACUUGGCUCGAAUUCAAGGCAAAGAUAUAUAAUUGGGCCAUAGAAUGCCCAGUUGGUAAAAUUUGUCACGGGCCUCAGAUGUGUGAGCCAAUUUGGAAGUAGUUCACUCUACUCAGUCAUUUCUAUUUGGAAAAUGGAAAGUGGCCGGCACUGAUUAGUAAUGGUGAUGGCGGAUCCCGAUGUAGAAGAAGAAGUCGCAAAAACAGAAACUCAGCUGGAAAAGCUUAAGAAAUGGGAACGUAGGAAGGAUUUUCGAUCUCUUUCCGAUCCACCACCAGUUGUUUGCUCUAUGUUCGAGAUCCGAGAUAAUCCACUCCACAAAUCUUCCGGCGAGCUCGCCGUCUUUCCUCCGGUAAACCACGAGAACCUUUACAUAUCCAUAAAUUCACUUCAGAAAACUGAUAGCCAGUCAUCGUCGCCUCCGUUUCCCUCAUCCCCGUCGGUGUCGUCGUUAUCAUCAUCCUCAUUUUCACCUUCUCAUAGAGAUAACGACGAUGCGUCCUAUUCAUUCGCAGCCUCAGAUUCCAAUAUAGUGGAUCCAGUGAAAUCUGUACCAGAUAGUCCUCGGCCCCCAGCCAGAGCAUCUUGUUAUCAAGGAAGAUGGUGGAAUUUGGGACUGCAAGUGUUGUUUUCUAGAAUCGCCGGCAAUGGUAUGUUUAACCGGGGUUUCACUUCAGCUCGAAGGGCUGUAACGAUUGUUCUGUCGCCGUUCGGAAUGGCGGCAAUACUUGUGAUGUUUGCGUAUUUUCGUAGGCGACGAAGAUUGAUUAGAGCACAGAAUGGGGAAGAGCUGAGACGUACCAUUAGAGCGAAAGAUGAGAGAAUAAAUCAACUUCUAAGUCAAAUAACAGAGAUGAAUCAGGUAUUUGUGGCUAUGCACAAACGUAAUCUGUCCAAGAAUUAGCUGAAAUUAGUAUGUGUAGUAGUAUUAUGCAGUGUAGGGAUAGUGGUCAAUAGGCACACAUUCAUCAUGCUGAAUGUGAAUGCUCCAAGUCCAUUAACGUACUGCUGUGUAUGUAUGUAGUUUGAAACUCAAUUCUUGCAAAUAUACGAAAAAUGGUAGAAUA